AUGCGUUUUCUGCCUCAGUACUCCUCAAUUACAUACCCUCUCCGCCAACUGCUCAAAAAGGAUGCUCCAUGGACCUGGUCUUCAGCCUUUUCUGAUGCUGUACGCACGCUUAAGGAGCUGUUGACAAGCCCACCUGUGUUUGCACACUUCAGUCUUGACUGCCCCACACUGGUCACAUGUGAUGCUUCAGCUACUGCUGCUGGAGCUGUUCUUUCACAACUCCAGAAUGGCAUCGAGCGCCCAGUGGCUUUUGCUUUUCAUGCAUUCAGCCUGACAGAACAAAAGUACUCCACUGGAGAGAGGGAGGCUCUGGCUUGUGUAUGGGCCUGCGAGCGCUGGCAUGCCUACCUUUAUGGUCGAAAUGUACCCUUCGGACUGAUCACCAAGCCCUCAGUGCACUUAUGUCUCCUUCUGGGUCUGGUCACAAACCACUGCGCAUGUACCGUGGCAGAGGAAGGGGAUCUUAUUCAUUUAGUGCAUGCACCCCUGACAGCCUUUGUGUCCUUGGAGGAACUCACAGCGGAGUCUGCUGCUGAUUCCACACUAUCUGUGGUCCAUGAGUAUGUCCUGAAUGUUGAGGAGGUCACUUCUCCAAGGUAUCCAGCUCCUAUCUGUUCGGUGAUCUCUGUACCAGCGCCGCUGCGCAAGAUGGCCGCCAGCCCAGCGCCACUGCGCAAGAUGGCCAUCAACUCAGCGCCGCUGCACAAGAAGGCAGCCUCAGUCGACUUUCCGGAGUCAAGUCAGGUCUCCUCUAACACCCAAGAGUCAAGUGAAGCAACAGUUAAACUUCUUGAUUCUAGUCAGGUCACCGUUGAUCAGGUCCCUGUUGAUUUUCCGCAGUCUAGUCAGGUCACCACUGAUCAUUCAGAGUCAGGUCAAGUCUCCACUGACCGUCCAGAACAAGGUCAGGUCACCAUUAACGUCCAAGAGUCAAUUUGUUUUGCAGUUUGGAAAAACCAUCACAUGCGCACAGUGACCAACUACUUCAUAGUGAACCUGUCCUUCGCAGACAUCCUGGUCACAAUCACAUGUCUUCCUGCGAGUCUUGUGGUGGACAUCACAGAAACCUGGUUCUUCGGACAGACCCUGUGCAAGAUACUACCUUACUUACAGACAAUCUCUGUGUCUGUAUCAGUUCUGACACUGAGCUGCAUAGCCCAAGAUCGCUGGUAUGCUAUCUGCCACCCCCUUAAGUUCAAGAGUACUGCCAAAAGAGCCCGCAAGAGUAUCGUUCUGAUCUGGCUGGUUUCCUGCGUGAUCAUGAUUCCACAAGCCAUAGUCAUGGAAUGCAGCAGUCUGCUCCCAGAGCUCACCAACAAAACCAGUCUGUUCACCGUGUGUGAUGAACAGUGGGCAGAUGAAAUCUACCCUAAAGUCUACCACACCUGCUUCUUUAUUGUCACUUAUUUUGCUCCCUUAUGUUUGAUGGUCCUGGCAUACAUUCAAAUCUGUCAUAAACUCUGGUGUCAACAGAUUCCUGGAACCUCAUCAGUGCUUCAAAGGAAAUGGAAGUCGCUGCAGUGUUCCGCCCAUGCUGUAGGUUCAGGAGAGUCAGUGAAAGUGAGAACUAGCACAGUCUCAGCAGAGAUCAAACAGGUGAAAGCCCGACGGAAGACGGCACGCAUGCUGAUGGUGGUGCUGUUCGUGUUUGCACUCUGUUACCUUCCCAUCAGUGUUCUCAACAUCAUGAAGAGAGUAUUUGGCGCUUUUAAGAACACAGACAACAGAGAGACUGUCUAUGCCUGGUUCACAUUCUCACACUGGCUUAUAUACGCCAACAGUGCCGCCAAUCCAAUUAUCUACAAUUUCCUCAGUGGUAAAUUUCGAGAGGAGUUCAAAGCAGCAUUCAUCUGUCAUUGCUCCGGUAGAGAUGAGACACGCAAGGAAAGAGUCAGAGUGAGAACCAGUACAGAUAGCCGCAAAUCACUGUCUACCCAAGUAAACCAUUUUGACAACAUCUCCAGGAUUUCUGACCAUGCUGUGUAGCUCCAUCAUGAGAAGGGUUGGCUGGGUUAAUCCUACUGAGUGCCACUUCACCAGUCAUGACCACCGACUAGAAGAACACAGAUGUGCCCUAUGUUUUGACCUGCAAGAAGCAUGGAUGGAAGGAUUGAAUAGACCUAUUAUCCCCUGAGAAUUACCCAGCCUUUUUGAAAAUGACAGUGUAUCUAUCGUGGGAGCACAUGAACCUUCCUGUGAAUCAAAUUUUUUACCCUCUGAGCCAAGGGGUUAUUUUUCUGCUCACCGCAACAGGUGAUGUACCCACAAUCCCCAGAGAUGAUGUGCAUGCAAAUAAUGGCAUGUGUCCGAAACACACUGCAUUCCUCAUCUCAAGAUAAAAAGCCAAUGAUGAUAGAAGGGAUGCAUAAUGGUGAUGUGUCAUUUUUCCAGUGUUAAAAUAGUCUCCUAUCAAAUCUCAUGUAGAGACAACGAAGUAAUUUGUGAGUUAUCUAAAAUGUGUAAAGACUGCAGCACCACUGCUCUUUAUUUUUGAGCAUCCUAUAACCAGCUGAACACAGUGAUACUGGCUCAUCAGUCAUGUGAAUUUUGGAUGUUACUAUUUGUUUGAAUGGCCAGUGGCCAAACAGUAUUUUUGGAAUUCAUCCCCUAGCAGUGCAGAAAUAACACACUUCAUAGAACAGGUGACACUUUACACAAUGCAUGCUUAAACUGCUUCAAGUACUUGUGAAAAUUGAUAUUGUAUAUACAUAUAUGUCUUUUUUUUUUUUUUUUUUUUUUUUUCUGUGUUUAAAGAAUGUGCAAUUUUUCUCUAUAAGUAUUCUUUUAGUCAUCUUUUCAAGAACAGUCUGCUCUAAUUUCUUGGUCAAGUACUCAAAAAAACAAAACCAAAAAAACAGUAAUUAUGCUUACAGAUAAAAGUCUGUUAUUUCCAGUGA